AUGCGAGAGCUCGAGAAGGGGGAGAUCGACGAGAUCGUGUUGGUGGGAGGAAGCACCAUGAUCUUGAAACUGAGGGAGAUGUUGAAGGAGAUGUUCAACGGGAAGGAGCCCAACAAAGGAGUGAACCCUGACGAAGCUGUGGCUUAUGGUGCUGCCAUUUUAGGAGCCAAGCUUAGUGGACUAGCUACUAGAUACGAUGAUAUUGCUCUAUUCGACGUAACUCCCUUGAGUUUGGGGGGUUUGCAUUUUAGGUGA